AAUUCUUCUUUUGGAUAAAAAAACUAAUUUCUAAAAGAGAUUAUUUAAAAUAAUCGUAUUCUUUUGUUUUUUCUUUGUGAUUGUUUAUUCUUGGGAAAAAAUUGAAAUGAAUUUAUAUAAAAUAAAAAGAAAAUUUUUAUGAAGAAAAUAAAAAAAUUCUCUUCCUUUAAUUUUUUUUUAAUAAUAUCUUCUUUCAUAUAUUUUAACAAAUAAAAUUGUUAAAUUUAUUUAAUUAUCGACGCGCUCUAAGUUUAUACACAGUUCGUUGUGAUUUUAGUAGAUGGCAAGUAGUGGCGCCAUUUUUAAAUUAUUUCGAAAUCGAUUGACGACAUAUUUGGUUACGGUAAACAGGAUUGAAUCAUUGGAAAAACUAGAACGUAAAUUAAUCCUUUUUUUAUAACGAUCAAUUUCAGUAUAACUUUCUUUUUUAUCAAUAGAAAUUAAUGUGAAGCGUAUUACAAAUAGUAAAAAAGAAUAUUUAAAUGUAAAGAAAGAUGAUUAGAUAUAGAUACUUGGAAAUGGAACAUUGAUCGGUACGAUGCGCAGGCCUGCGAUCAUACAUUCGGUGCAAUAUUCGUAGAAGACAGGUGCUAGAGUCACAAGAAUGUUUCUAACAAGAAUAAUGGUGGCAAAAUAAUUAAAUAAUAUAUAUUUUUCUUUAAUUAUAAAAAAAAAACUUCUUCUCAAUAUCACGCGAAAGGUAUUAUUUUUUUUGUUUUCGAUAAAAACUAAAAACGAGAACAAAUCGAAUAGAGGAAUGUGUGAAAGAAUUAUUUGUUUCCAUUUGCAGUGUGUAUAAUUGUGUCUACGAUUAGUAUCUAAUUUAUGGAUAAAAAUCUAGAAAAUAAUAGUGUGCAUUGUGUGCAUCGCGUCGUCGUCUUCUUCAUUCUCUUCCUCGUUGUACUUGGAAUCCAUUGAAUUAUAAACGUCGAUGAAACGAUCAGGAGUAACUUCGAGGAGGAAUCUGCGUCAUUUGCAGGAUACGAAGGCGUGUCUCUUCGUAUUCUUCCUCUACUACUUCUAAUAAUUCUACCUGUAAUAAAAGCGCGCCAUCGUUUUUAAAUAUAAAUACAAAAAGACAAAUUUUCAAUUGAGAUUAUAGGAUCAAUUAAAUAGGAAAAUUAAAAAAAGAAAAGAAAAUAUCUUUGAACUACCGUUUUCAAUCAGCAGAUGUCAGGAAAAAAUCUCGAGAUGAGGGAAACAGCUGCACGUAUCUGUCGAGAUUAUCUUCAUGGUGUUUGGAAGCGUGUUACUGCUGAGAACAUUACCCUAAAACGUAUCAGCGGUGGCCUGAGUAAUUGGCUUUACAAUGUUCAAUUGCCAGACGGUGCUGUACCAAUACGCGGAGAACCGCGGCAAGUUUUAUUACGAUUGUACGGUCAAGUACACGGGGAAAGGGCGUUGGAGGGACUUAUCACCGAAUCCGUCAUAUUCACGCUACUUUCAGAGAGGCGACUUGGUCCCAAAUUGCACGGCAUAUUUCCCGGUGGACGUAUCGAAGAAUACAUACCGGCUAGACCAUUGUUAACCAAAGAAUUGUCCGAUCCAACAUUGAGCACGAUGAUAGGUGAAAAAAUGGGACAGAUACACACGAUGCAAGUACCGAUUAGUAAAGAACCUACUUGGUUAUGGGAUACCAUGGCCAAGUGGCUUGCCACAGCAACAGAUAUUUUAGAAACUGUUGAUGAGGUAGAUCCCCGUCAACACGAAAACGUUUACACUCUAAGAUCGAUAGAUCUCGAAAAGGAAAUCAAUUGGUUCAGGGACCUUGUCGCUCGAGAAAAAUAUCCAGUAGUAUUUUGUCACAACGAUAUGCAAGAGGGUAAUAUCCUUCUACGACAAAACUCACGGAAAACUGAGUUAGUUGUUAUCGACUUUGAAUAUUGUUCAUACAACUACAGAGGCUUCGAUAUCGCUAAUCAUUUCAUCGAAUGGCAGUACGAUUACACGGAAGGGAAUUAUCCAUUCUUCCAAGAACGAACUGAUUCUGGGCCUUCUAAAGAGCAGAAGCUCAAUUUUAUCAAGAGUUACUUGAGAACAGUCCAGAAGGAAUCACAGACGGAAGAAGAACGUAUUAUGAUGGAAAUUAAAAUAUUUUCUUUAGCCAGUCAUUUGUUUUGGGGACUCUGGAGUAUUGUCAAUGCUAAAUUAUCUGAAAUACCGUUUGGAUAUUGGGAUUAUGCAGUAUGCAGGCUAAAAAAUUACCAAUGUUUAAAAGAAAAAUUGAUAAUGUCAGAACAAUCAACGUUGCACGACAUUAACAGGAGAAAAGUAACCGAUACUGAUUGAAACAAUAACAAAUAAUCAUUAUCAUCGAAGAGUGAAACUCUCCUCCCUUAAAUGGGAAAAUUUUAUUUUUAUCAGCCCUUAGACGUCAAUGAACAAUUGAUAAAAACAACAUUGAAAAAAGAAACAAAAAAAAAAAGCAUAAAAAGCAAAUAUGGCUGAUAUGUACUAGUAUUAGAAAAGAAUUUGGAACACCGACCCAUUGGUAGAAAUUAUCGCGACAUACAAUGGACGAAUCUUUCCAUUUGACAUAUUUUUCAUAAAAAAAAAACAAA